AUGCGCGACAAGGUGGCGGAGAUCGACGGCGCCCACAAGGAGAAGCAGGCGCAGCUCAAGGCGGUGCAGGGGCGCCUGGGGCAGCUGCGCAAGAGCCAGGGGCUGCUGGAGCAGCGGGAGAGGCUGGAGCUGGCCGCGGUCUGGGCGGUGGUGCGGGAGCGCGAGGAGGAGCUGGCCAGCAUUGACGCCAAGCUGGGGUCCAUGCGCAGCAGCAAGCGCGGUCAGCUGGAGGAGCAGGCGGCGCGGCUGGACGAGCGGCUGGACGCACUCAGCAGGGAGCGGAGCGAGCUGGUGGGCAGCCCCCUUUGA